AAACAAGUUACAAGGUUCAUGUUGCUAGUUCACUUCAUAUCUGAAAAGUAAGCUUGAACAGCACAAAUGAUUUUAGCUAUGCAAAAUACCACUUUUUGUGUUAUACUUUUAUCUUUUUGUUUCUUCAUAAGUCAAGUGCAAUCUGAAAAUGAUUAUGACUAUGAAGGGAGUGUCCCCAAGAACUGUCCCACCUCAGAAGACAUCGCUGGUGGAAGAGUAGAGUAUUCCAACAAUGGCGUUGAGGGGAGUCUGGUCAUCUUUCAUUGCAGUAAGGGGUUUGAACCAUAUCCAGUCGGCCAAAAAAUCUGCAACUCUGAUGGAGAAUGGGCGCCUAAGAUCUCCAGGAUAAAAUGUGAAGAGAUAAAUGAUUAUGGAGAUUAUGAGGAAACACAGAGGAACUGCUCUUUGGAAGAGUCUUUAAAAGGAGGCAACGUAUCCUACUCCAAUGAAGGACUGGAAGGAAGUGUUUUAACCUAUCACUGCAAGGCAAGAGAAUACCCUUUCCCCACAGCACAAAGAGUCUGUGACAGAGAUGGGCAAUGGUCAGCCAUGAGACUCCCGAAUGGAAAGAGAGUAUUCAAUGCUAUAUGCAAAGAGAUCCUGUGUCCUGCCCACCUUCAGCUUGACAAUGGACAAAUUUGGCCCAGGAAACAGUGGUUCAAGGUUGGAGAGCUGCAAACAUUUGCAUGUGAUAAUGGAUUUGCUCUCCUUGGAUCUUCUCAGCGAAACUGCACCCGGUGGGGUAUGUGGACUGGUACUACACCAGUAUGUGAUGACCAUUCUAAUGACUGCAAAAAUCCAGGCUCCCCGCCUGGUUCGCUGCGCUCUGGUGAACGGUUUCGUAUCGGAGACGGGGUGCGGUACCAGUGCCAGUUAGGCCUGGAUAUGCUUGGUUCCUCUGAGAGAAAAUGUUUGGACUCAAGGGAAUGGAGUGGUGUAGAACCACGAUGCUAUGCCCAGUAUUCAUUUGAUCCACCAGCCUUCGUAGCUCAAGCCCUGGAAGGAUCUAUGUCUGCAUUUAUGGAUGUUUCCUUACCAGAGUUUAAAAAGAAAGGCCCAUCCUUUGGCCGGAGUCUUAGAGUUGCAGACGCUAGUCAGAACAUCUUCAUUCUGUUGGAUACUUCCGGAAGCAUUUCACAAGAAGGUUUUGAGAAAGUUAAAAAGGCCACUAUUAAACUUGUCGAGAAGCUUGAUAGUUAUGAAGUAAAUAUGAAGUUUGACAUCAUCUCAUAUGCGAGUGAGCCCAAAAACAUUGUUUCCAUCACGGACAUCAACAGUGGCAAUCUGGAUUAUAUCAUGAAGAAAUUACAUGAGUUUAGUUAUCAAAGCCAUGGGACAAAGAAAGGCACCAAUCUUUCGAAAGCCUUGAAUGGGGUGUACACCCAUCUUGUCUUCUUUAGAGAGACCAGUAAAAGUCACUUCAAUCAGACUCAAAACAUCAUAAUCAUUGCGACUGAUGGCCACUCUAAUAUGGGACCCAAACCAAAAAUCACUUUAGACAAGAUCCGGAGUUUGUUUGGCUACAGAUACAAUCAAGACCACACUGACGAGAAGCUCCUGGAUGUUUAUGUGUUUGCUGUGGGACAAAAUGUAAAUAAGAAUGAGCUGAAAACUAUUGCCUCUUUCAAGAAAGAUGAGCAGCAUAUUUUUGUUCUGGAAAACUAUGACCAGCUAGGAUUUGUGUUCAACCAAAUGAUAAAUGAUUCUGCUGUGACGACGUGUGGAAUGGCACAAGAGGAACAGACUGAUUCAUCUGAGAAGAUUUAUACAAGACCUUGGCAUGUGAACAUUGACUGGAAUCUUAAUAAGAAUAAAUGCAGAGGCUCUUUAUUGACUAAGAGCUGGGUGCUGACAGCUGCUCACUGCUUUGUGAGUGUGAAGCAUGGAUCUCUAUCAAUUGCCAACGCUUCUGAAGUGAAGGUUGAGUAUGAAAAUGUGAAUAGGUGGACAUCAGUGAAAACAAAAGUCCUAGUUGCAGCAAAGAAGCUAAUUCUUCAUCGAAAGUUUGAUUUGAAAGGCCUGAAAGGCAAGAAUGUGAAGGAAUUUUAUGACUACGACAUUGCUCUGGUUAAGCUGAGUGAAAACAUUACAAUAUCUUUAGGGGCAAGGCCUGUUUGUUUGCCUUGUACCAAUUCUUCAAACCUGGCUCUCAAAAUGGGUCCAGACACCACCUGUGACCAGCACAAGAGACUCCUGCUCGACCUGAAUGAGACUCUGGCAUACUUCAUCAGACAGGGAACUCACCGAUCAAACACACUCAUUCAUAGUGGAGCAAAACGAGGUGAAUGUAUUCAGCCUGCUAGAUCCAUCUUUGCGAACACCAGCGCAUCUCUGAGGGAAGUGAUCACGGACAGAUUCAUAUGCACUGGAGGUUCAGAGACACACAGACAUGAAAUUACUUGUAAAGGGGACUCUGGGGGAGCACUCCUCUUACGCAAGAGAAUGCGCUACUUCCAAGUGGGAGUCAUCAGUUGGGGAACCACGGAGAUAUGUGGCGCCAAGACUGUUGUGAAAGAUGCUGACUGGCCUUCAGACGCCAGAGACUUUCACAUCAGUGUGUUCUCUUUGAUGCCCUGGCUCAGACAACAUCUUCACAAGGAUCUGGAGUUUCUGAAGGACACUUAGCAAGAGUUAAACACAUUAAACAGAUGAACACAUGGUCUUUUUUGUGAUAAUCCCUAUCAGUAGGAGCACCUUGCAAGGUAAACAGAUGGUGAUGUCAUUAGCCAUCUUUCCAUCCAUGGCUUUUUUGUCUCAAAAGAAGGAUUAGCGCUUAAGAUUGUUUAGUGAUGUAGCUGAUGGAAAUGCCAUUUGUCAAUAAACUUCCUCAAAUUCUAUAUAA